AUGGCAAAGAAGAAGAACUCAAGAGUUGAGCAACAGGAAAUGGAAUUGGGCGUCGAAGAUGCAGCCACCGAAUCAGUUCAUGAGGGCAGCGGAAGGAAUGAAUCAAACCGAGAAAAGUUCUCACGGAUAGAAACCGAACUUGAGGAAAUGAGAGUAAGAAUGAGUCGGCAAGACCAGCCAUCACGUGUGGAAGAGAGGUUGUCUCGCUUUGAGGAAGCUAUGAUUCGUAUGACUGAUAACUUCACGCAAAUAAGUCACCAAUUGGGUUUCUUAACCGGCCGAAUGAAUAAAAUGGACCAAUUGUCAGAAAGUAUAGAAGGGCUAAAUCAAAGAAUGGACCGUAUGGAAAGAUCCGUUAAUCAUGGGCACAACCGAGAAGAUAAGGGAAAAGGACCUUAUGAAGAGCCUCACACAUCAUAUCAAGCUCCCAAAGAGCAUGCCGCAUCGAGUUUUGGAGGGAUUAAAAUUGGAAAAGAUAAUCAAGUUCCACCCAAAACCAAUGAAGCUCACAUGGGAAAUAAAAAGACCAUGGGAGUUAACAUGGCAACUUGUUCCAAACCACUGGUAGACAAUGAUUUUGAAGAAAUUUCAGAUGAAGAUAGUGAGAGAAUCGGACAAAGAAGUGAGAAAAAGAGGGGCCAAAGGAACAUAGAACCCAGAUCCAACAUUCGGGUUGACUUUCCUAAGUUUGAUGGCAAAAACGCCCAAGAUUGGGUGAUUAAAGCGGAGCAAUACUUUGAGUGCCAAGAAGUUAGGGAAGACAAAAAAAUUACAACGGCCAUGAUCUACUUUGAAGGGGCAGCUAUGAGGUGGUAUCGGUCGUACAAGAGGAAAAACCCGGUCAUGGUAUGGGAAACAUUUUCAAAUGCAUUACUCGCUCGCUUUGGAGUCUCGUCAUAUACUAACUAUCAUGUGGAGCUCAUCAACAUGAAACAAAUCACUACCGUGGAGGAGUUUCAAGGUCGAUUUGAGGACAUGUCAUGUAUGGUUGGAGAUUGGCCCGAACCCGCACUCAUAGGUGCAUUCAUGUCGGGAUUGAGAGAGGAUAUUAGAAUUGAGAUGCUAUCCGAGGAACAUGUAGACUUAGACAGUUGCUUUGCAAGGGCACGAGUUAUGGAGGAAAAGCUCCUCAAACGGGCAGCGUAUGAGAAAUUCUCUAAGACCGGAGGAUUCAACCAAAACAAAGGGAAUUUCAACAGGCCUACUCCUAAACCACAGCCACAAGGGUUUCCAAAGAGGGAUACACGUCCAGCCGUUAGGGACAAUGUUCCGGUUCGUUACAUCACCGCUAAGGAGAGGGAUGAAAGGUUCAAAGCCGGGCUAUGUGUGUCAUGUGAGGAAAAGUGGUUCAAGGGACACAAAUGUAAGAGGUUUCAGCUAAUGGUGGUUGUAGAGGAUGAGGACGAAGUUGAGGUUUCAAUCCCAGUUGAGGAAGAGCAACCAGUAGAACAAGAGUGCCCAACGGAAAUUGAGAAGGUGGAUGGGGUUCUUCACUCCAUGAGGGACCCAAACCGUCCUAAAGCAAUGCGUGUUCUUGGAACCAUUCAAGGGCACAGAGUCACAAUCUUGCUAGAUUCGGGAGCAACUCAUAAUUUUAUGAGUUUAGAAACGGCCAAGGAUAGCGGAUGCACAUUGGAAGAUCAAGCACCACUCACGGUCUUGGUAGGAGAUGGAACAAGGCUACCUUGCGUCCACAUUUGCCGAAACAUGGAUAUAACCGUGCAAGGGAUCCCAUACAAGAUAGAUGUCUUAGUUCUUCCGAUAAAAGGGAUGGACCUUGUUCUUGGUGUUGAUUGGUUAGAGACACUUGGGGGAAUCUACUGGGAUUUCUCCAAAAUGAAGAUGAGAUUUGAGAGGGAAGGAGGAGAUCAAGUGACACUCGAAGGAAUCCAGCCCAACUUGGAACCGAAGGCAGCCAUCAAGGCUCUCGUAGCUCAACAGCCAGCCCUCUGGCUGAUAUCGUUAGCCACUGAUGUACCUCCAAAAGGGACAGAGACCGAAGUCAUUCCCAAGGAAGUUCAGCAAGUAUUGGAUGGUUUUGAAGAUGUCUUUUCUGAACCUAAAGGGUUACCUCCUCCAAGAUCAUACGAUCACAGGAUCGUCCUAUCAAACGGGGCAGAACCGGUAAAUGUUAGGCCUUAUCGUUAUGGGUUUACACAGAAAACGGAGAUAGAGAGAUUGGUAAAAGAAAUGAUUGAAGGGGGAAUCAUUCGCCCGAGUAGCAGUCCCUUCUCCUCUCCUGUUUUGUUAGUCAAAAAGAAGGAUGAAACUUGGAGAUUUUGUGUUGAUUAUCGGGCACUUAACGAAGUCACGAUUAAGGACCGCCACCCUAUACCCGUCAUUGACGAACUCCUUGAUGAAUUGGCGGGCGCUUCCAUUUUCUCCAAGCUUGACUUAAGGGCUGGUUACCAUCAGAUACGCAUGGAUAAGCAUGACGUACCCAAGACUGCAUUUAGAACUCACGAUGGGCAUUAUGAGUUCUUGGUCAUGCCCUUCGGAUUAACCAACGCCCCGGCUACAUUCCAACGAUGUAUGAAUGAUAUUUUCAGACCACAUCUGAGGGAUUUCAUUCUAGUUUUCUUCGAUGACAUUCUGGUUUACAGUCGAUCAUUAGAGCACCACAUUGUCCACUUAAGGAAGACACUACAAAUUUUGAGGCAGAAUGAACUCUUUGCAAAAGCUUCUAAGUGCAGUUUCGGUCAAGAAUCAAUCGGCUAUUUGGGACACAUAGUGUCCAAGGAAGGUGUUAGAGCUGAUCCAGAAAAGCUCCAUGCCAUGGAGCAAUGGCCUUUGCCAAAAGACCCGAGAGGAAUGAGAGGAUUUCUAGGUCUUACUGGUUACUAUCGAAGGUUUAUUCAAGGCUAUGGAUCUAUAGCCUCCCCUUUGACGAAAAUGUUGAAGAAAGGGGAGUUCACCUGGACGGAUCACUCAAGGGAAGCAUUCGUAAAGCUUAAGGCAGCAAUGUUAGCCGCGCCCGUGCUAACCUUGCCAGAUUUUUCACUUGAUUUCGUGGUGGAGACGGACGCAAGCGACGUUGGUGUUGGGGCUGUCCUCAGCCAAAAGGGCCACCCAAUAGCCUACAUGUCCAAGGCUCUCACCCAUAGGGCAAAGCCAUUAUCCACAUAUGAAAAGGAGUUAUUUGCCAUCGUGUUGGCCGUGGAGAAAUGGAGGCCCUACCUCAUCGGGCGCAAAUUCAUUGUGAGAACGGAUCAUAGUAGUUUAAGGUAUAUGCUCAAACAAAGGGUCUCAACGCCUACUCAACAAAGAUGGCUCGCCAAGCUAUUGGGUUACGAUUUUACAAUCGAAUACAAGAAAGGAACCGAAAACUCGGCGGCUGAUUCGUUAUCGAGACUUGGAGAGCAAUUUCUAACCUUGUCCGUUCUGGAAACCGAUUUGUGGCAGCGAUUGGUCAUUGAGCAAGAGGCUGAUGAAGGUUUGAGACUACUUAGAGCAUCGGUUCAGCAGAAUCCGGGAUCAAUCCCAAACCAUGGCAUGAAGGGGAACGUGCUUUACCGAAAGGGCAAAGCUGUGGUACCACGCGGUUCCUCCCUCAAAAAGGAGCUCCUAUCACACUUUCAUUGUUCAACCACCGCAGGUCACGAAGGCGUGGCCAAAACGCUUGCAAGGAUCAAAACCCAAUUUUGGUGGGAAGGUCUAAAAGGAGAAGUCAAAGAGUUUGUGAGGAGUUGUCAGAUUUGCCAAAGGGAAAAGUAUGAAGCAACCAAGCCACCCGGGCUGAUGCACCCAUUGCCAAUACCUACAAAACCUUGGGCUGAUGUAUCAAUGGAUUUUAUUGAUGCAAUGCCACGUUCGGAAGGAAAGGAAGCGGUGUUUGUAGUGGUGGACAGAUUGACGAAAUAUGGGCAUUUUGCCCCUCUUCCAAGACACUACAAUGGGCCGUUGGUUGCCGGGAUAUACCAAGACUAUGUCGGCAAACUUCAUGGAAUGCCGAGCACUAUCGUUUGUGAUAGGGAUUCGAUAUUCCUUAGUGCGUUUUGGCGCGAGUAUAUGCGCAUGGCGGGACUUCAUUGCAUUUCAGUACAGCCCACCACCCGCAAACCGAUGGGCAAAGCGAGGUGGUGA